GGGUGAGGAGUGACUGGGUGAGGAGUGAGGAGCGAGCGAGUGACUGGGUGAGGAGUGACUGGGUAUGGGUGGUGGUGCUGGCCACACCAACCCUGUCAAGCACCACUGGUCCCAACAGUAGUCUGUUCAUGGACAAUACAGGGCUUUUUGUUGGGUGAUGUAAAUGUUGUGGAUUUACUCUCCAAGACACCCGUGUGCUGUACUAGUGACGAAUUGGCACGUUCUGUUUACGUGACAAACCUUACUAGUUGUCUGUGUCGGGUGGUGGUGGGUUUAACGACACAUACCUACGCGAUCUAACCCAGAAAAACCUGGAUUAUGGAGUAUGUUCAUGGAUAAUGUUGGGGAGCGGGUAUCUGUGAGCGUUUCCUCAAAGCGCACCUACCCUGGCACAAGCGCCGUGGUGACGUCGGCGCCACUAAGUGGCGAACGGCGGCGGCUGUUGUUGUGCGCGUGUUUGUGAUUGCGUUACGCCGUGUGUGUCCAUGUGUGUCUGCGGGUUGCGUAUCAUGUGUCCAUGUGUACACGCGCGCGUGUGGUUUUAAUUGGCACAGUGGGAUCUAUCCCAUGACCUGCACCUAGCCUGGCACGCUCGUCAACCCAUAACGCCUGGGUCUCUGUCCCGUAAUUUCCUCGUCCCAGCGGUGAGAGAGCCUUCCGCACUUCGCGCGAAGGUCUCAAAGUGCACCUAGCCUGGCACAAGCGCCGUGGUGACGUCGGCGCCGUUGUGUUUGCCAGACGUGUGCCUGUGCAGUGUGUGUCGUGUGUUAGUGUACACGGGUGGGUUGAUGGUGUGGCGAGCUGCGUGUGCCCAAAUGGGUCUCCGACGCCGUGAGCGAGAAGUGGGAACAGAAACUGAUGGGGCUGGCGAUCGCCCACGUGUAGUUCCGGACUCGCCACGCCACCCGCAAAGCGACCGACCUCGUCACUGAUCGGAAAGCUGAGCCUGCGCGAUGGCAAGGGGCCGGGCGAGCGGAUAGCGCGAGCUUCGUAAGCGCGCGAGCUAGCGGCAUGGCGGAGAGCGGGGCCGGCGGCGGGGCUGCCACGCAGGUGCCGCUGCGGCGCCUGGAGCCGGCGCUCAACAAGUUCACCCGAGUGGCCAUCCCCACCGACCUGGAGCGCCUGGCGCGACACCAGGUCAACAUCGAGAAGUACAACAGCCAGCAGGACUGGAAACUGCUCCAUCAGGAGCAGAUCAACGCGAGCCGCACCGUGCAGCAGCUGCAGUUUAACGUGCGGGAGAUGGAAAAGCUUCGUUUGCUGCUUCGCACAGCCGACGGCGCUGCCUUCGAGCACAUUGUGCAGCCGGCACGCGACCUUGCUUCCUCUGCCAUCGCCGCCUUCCUGCGCCACCCUGCCACGAGCUGCCCCCCCGCGUUCUCGUUGCCGCCCUGCGACGUGCGCGGGCGCGACGAGGGACGGGAAGGAGCGGCGUCCAGAAUGACGCGCUCCGCCAGCGACUUCUCCGAGCUGCUGGUGCGCGACGACGCCGCAUCGGGGCCCACGGAGGGGGCAGGGGAGCAAGCGGGGCCACCCUCGACACCCCCUUCAUCGCCGCAGCUGCAGGAUCAGCUGCUCGCGCUGCACGAGAUCCCACAGGAGGAGGAUGCGUCCGAGUCGUGGGAGCACCUGUGCGAGGAAUUAACGGAGCUGAACUCCCUGGUCACUGACUUCUCGUACAUGGUGCAUAGCCAGCAAGAAGCCAUCGACUCCAUCGAGGACAAGUUGGAGAUGGCCUCUGACAACGUACGGCAAGGAACGAAGCAGAUCGGCAAGGCAGCCAAGUCUGGGACGGUGAUGCUGCCGGUGGCGGGGGCGGUGCUGGGCGGCAUCCUGGGCGGGCCCGUGGGGAUGCUCGUCGGCUUCAAGGUGGCGGGGGUGGCGGCGGCGCUGGGCGGGGGGCUGCUGGGUUUCACGGGCGCCCGCGCGUUCCAACGGCAUCGGCGGGCACGCAUCGACACCCAGCUCCAGCAGCUAUCGAGCAGCUGCCCCGAGCUGAGCCAAUUGCAGCAGUAGGGACCCCGCCAGUACCUGCCGGUUCGCAUCUGGUGUCUCGUGUGCCUACUCGCCCGAUUACUCGCUCACCCACUGGUUCAUCUGCUCGCUCGCUCACUCGCCUACCAGCUCACCCACUCUUCCACUCAUCUACCAGCUCACCCACCUACCUACUCAUGCACCUACCAGCUUGUCUGAUCAACCCCUCACUCGCCUACCGCAUCACCCGCUCGUUCGUUUACCGCUCAUCUCCGUCGGCUGCUGCUCCAUGGUGGCCCCAUUGUCCCGUGCACUGCAACACCCGUGGGCACCUCCUGCAGAGACUAGUGCCCAUAUCGAACGCGCUCGACAUGCGUGGUGAUGAGGGAGUUUUCCACUCAAGUGGUGACGACCUCGCAGGCCCCUCGCCUGGGGUGCUUGUGGACGCAAUUGUUUGACAGCGACAAAAAUAACGUGAAGACUUGUUCCGCCGCAUCGUUGUAGGUUUUAAGUGGAAAAAUCAAACAAUCUUUACGCAUUAAUCAAAUCUAUAUUCGCGUGUUCAGAAGCUCAAGCAAUCUGUGUGCGUUCUUCAUCGCUGAGCCACUCAGUGCGGGGUUCAAGGUUCAACACGACACGGUAGGUUUUGUGGGAGUUGACCAAAGCCUGCCCAGACUCGCACACCCACCAUGCCCACGUGCGUCUGUAAUGAACACAUCUGGGAGUACAUACAGUCCUCCGCAUGUGUUAUCGGCAUUGUUGGUUGAUUUGUUUGAUGGAGCAGCCCUCCUUUACGCUGGGUGCGUCUCAGAGCGCUUUAUACACAAUAAGUAAUUUACAUUUAAAACUUUUAAAAGGGCACCCCCAGUGGGGCACAAGGCCAUUCAGCACUUUGCAUUCGGCCAUUAGUCUGCUAGUAGGGGAACAAUGAUUUCUGCUGUGUAAUCCCAAUUGAGUAGUUUGCAGGUAAUUUUUUUUAUUUUGGCCGUGACGCCGGCACAUGAGGGCCUACUAAUUUUGAAUGACGUCAGGGAAUCUUUGAUGUCGCCUGUGAAGCAGACGGUGCAAAUUGUACAAUGAAUACACCUGCAUUGUGAAUCGUGGUGGCCUGCCACAUCGAACCGCAAACCUUUGCAACGAGCGGCGAAGGCGCUGCUGAGGUGCCGCGUCUGCGCCGUGAUGUGGCCCGGCACGAGGGUUGUCUCUGCUAGGGGUCACUGGGUCGCGGUCAUGUUACAGGGAGACCUGGAAACCAAGUCGCCAAGGGAAUAUUUUGUCUUAUCUGUAGUUGUUGAAACUUCGUUUCUGGUGCAAUUCACGUUUUGAGUUUUUGUCGACAACAAGCUCCCUACCCAUAGCAAUGACGGCAGAGGGCCUCUAAGAAUCUGCUUCCCAGUAGGUGGCGACGUGGUAACGAGCGAGCGGUUUCGGCCACGUGGUCACAGUGGCAGCGGCGGCGACUCUCGCUCUGCCACCCCAGCGUGGUGUGACGCGUUCAUGUUUUGUGCACGAGCCUGGGGUGUGGAUCGUGACCACCGCAGGGUUGUGUUCGUAUGCACAUUUGUUUGGUUUGUUUUUAAUAUUACUGGUGCAAGUGCCCAGGCGGAGUGGAGGUGUGCGUUUAUGGUCACCAGACCGUAGCGUAGUGCCGACUUCAGGGCAAGAUUUGCCAAAGCACAAGACCUGAGCUUAAUUUUGAGCCGAGUCUUUCCGGUUCAGUGACCGAGGAAUGAUUCCCGCACCUGGCACACCACGCAUCCAUCACUGUAGACCGCUCGCUCUGGCUACUCGUCACAUGCCACCUAGCGCAGCCUACCACGCAAUAUUUCUGCACCCGAUGCACCACAUGCAGUAUACGUUUCACUAUGGCUGUAGCUGCUCGUCAUGUACUUCCUCCAGCCGACUGGCGGCUCAGAAGAUUGUUGAAUGAGAAACGAAGCUUCGUGUAAUAGGGGCAAGGUGAGGCUCGCACGCGCGUGGGCGCCCUCUCUUCACAGCCACGAGAGGGCGCCCAUUCGUGCCCACUGGGGUGGUUCGCCCCCUGCCAUUAGCUGUAUGAAGCACCACGCUAUAUUUACGUUUGCUUAUUAACAGCAGUGGGGAUGAAGUCUACAACAUCAGAUGUUGGUUCUGACCGUACCGCUCUGGAUGCUUCCGAGCUCGUCCGACGGUUGAGAACACACGGGGGGUUGAUCCUGGUGGGUGUGGAUGGGAGACUUGGGAAUGGCACGCGAUGUCGGCUUGAGCCGAGGUGACCAGACGGAGUACAGUACACAUGUUUGGAUCUGCAGAGCUUUGAGUGUUGCUUGCAUGCGUGGGUUGGUUGCCUCCCAUACGAAGCCAAACACAAGAUGAAAUUGGAGCCUCAUGGAAAUGAGUCUUAAGACUCAAGUUUUCCUUUGGAAAUAAAGGGAAGUUUUUUUUUUAAAUUAUCGUUCAUAUCGAGUGGCAAUGUUAGCUUGGGGCCUGAGCAUCCUUAGCGCUGCACUCUUUCGUAUGCAAACCUUUUAGCUUCCAUGCAAGGUAUUGCUGCCAAUCGCCUUCAGUGACGAAGAGACGUGUUUGCUAGGAGGGUGCAAUAGAAGUUGGCAAGUGAGAAUGUUGUGGCGGUUUUGUAAAUGUACCCAGUGAUUCUGUAAAUAAUGAUCUUGUAACGCCACUGUGCCAGCCACUUCUACAUUUAGAAUAAAAACUCAUUAAACGUCACAAAGGUAGGAAUC